AUGCUGGAACAGGAGGCAGUGGGGCUGCAGGAGCUGCUCGUGCGGUACGACCAGCUGGAGAAGGCCCUCAUCGAGGUCGCCGUCUCCGCGACCAAGGCCCUCAACUCCUCCACUUCCACGCCCACCCGCAAGCCGCCCUCCUCGACCAACCUUCGCAGUCGCAUGCAACACCGCCGGUUGGGGAGUGAGGCCGCACAACCGGCGAGCAACGCGGCCGAGGAGGAAGAGGAGGAGGCGGCGCCCGUGCCGCUUCCGCCGCUGCCAGCGCUGCCGGUGCUCGUCCAGAAGCGGGCCUCGCUCGCCGACAUCCGCCGCAAGCUCGAAGAGGAACCCGCAUCGAUCAACGAGAAAGACACAACCGGCCAAACACCGCUGCAUAUGGCGUGCAGCAAUGCGACCAAUGUGGAGGUCGUGCGGGCGCUUAUCGCCGCGGGAGCCAGUGUCACCGAAGCUGAUUCCAACGGGUGGACUGCACUUCACUUGUCUUCCGGAGCCGACCCGUCGGCAGCCAAUCUGGAUGGCACGCGGCCAAUGCACUACCUGGUCUGCCGCAAGGCCAUCGAAUACAACCGCGAGACCGUGGACCACAUCCGCGGGGCCGUCCUGUGCCUCCUCAAGGGCGGCGUCGACGUCAACCAGCCCAACAGGAACGGAGACACGCCGCUGCAUUUGGCCGCACUCCACGAUGGCUACGAAGUGGCCCAAGUGCUGAUCGACUCGGGCGCCGACCCAUCGAUUACCAACGGGCUCGGAGAGACGGUGCUGCACUAUGCGAUCAUGGCCAACAAGAAGGUGAUUGUGGAGAAGCUGCUCGAGAAGGGGAUGGAUCCCCGCAUCGAUUCGACGCCUUCGGUGCCCUCGCCGCUCCAGAUGGCCGCCAAUCUCGGCCCCGCGGGCAAGGAGAUGUACGCGCUUCUGCGCGCUCGUGUGUCGGUGCUGGACAUGAAGGACAUGUCGCCUGAGGAGAAGAAAAUGUACCGCCGCAACCUGGCCAUCGAGGAGCUCAUCCUCACCGAAAAGGAAUACAUACACGACCUCGACGUUCUCGUGCGGGUGUUCUUGGUGCCCAUUCAACGGAACCUGGCGGACGAGGAGCAGAAGGUGAAGAUACUCGACGACCAGGAGCUGCGCCUCAUCUUCGGCAACGUGGAGGAGAUACUGCACGGGAGCAAGGCGCUCCACCAGGCACUCGACCAUGCGUGGAAGGAGGCCCUCGCCUCCAAGCGAGCUCCUCACGUCGGCCAAAUCUUCCUCGACCACAUGGCGUCGUUGCGCGAGUACGAGAAGCUGUGCACGCACCAGCAGAUGGCGACCGAGAGCCUGGACAAAGCGCUGGGCACGGCGGUGGACAAGGACGACGGCAACUCGACCGGCUCCCUCGCCUUCAGCAAGCGCUUCCGCCGAAAAGAGGAGGGCGAGCGAUCCGAGUUCGCCCAGUUCUGCGACGAGGCCAAGCGGCACAAGGACUGCCGACGGCUCGACAUCGCGAGUUUCCUCAUCAAGCCCUUCCAACGCGUCACCAAAUACCCACUUCUUUUUAGAGAGAUCAUAUCGUACAUGGACGCGAGCGAUCCGGACUACGAAAACAUUCAGAAGGCGCAGGCGGAGAUCGGGAAGAUGAUCGCCAAGGCCAACGAGAAGAAGCGCAUCGUCGACAACUUCCAGGUGCUCAUCGAGAUCCAGAGUCGCAUCAUCCUGCCCGCCGGCAGCAACCUCAUCAAGAAAGGACGAGCAUUCGUCCAGGAGGGCCGAUUCCACGUGUCGGUCAACCGGGAGAAGUUUGCCAAGCGACUCCUCUUCCUCUUCUCCGACCUUCUCAUUCUCACCCAACCCGUCAAAAAGGAAGUGGAGCGAAGCAUGUACCUCCACAGCAUUCCGCUGGCGGCCGCGGUGCUGAGCGACAUCAAGGAGGGCGCCCACGAGGCGGGCAAGAUGGCACGCCACGCAUUCAGCGUCCAGCACGCGCGCGAGCCACUGCGCAUCGUCGCCUUCGCGGCCAGCGACGACGAGAAGCGCGACUGGAUGCACAUGCUCUCCACGCGCAUCGCCAGCGCCGCGGCCGAGAGCCAGGCCGAACCCACGUCGGCCUUCGCCAGCCCUCAGGUCUUCAUCAACCUCCACACCACCGCCACCACCACCAACUCGACGACGCCGAUGACGACGACAUCCAGCGACAGCCUUCCCACCUUGUCGCCACUCAGCUCGUCGUCAUCGAUAGCGGCGUCGGCAUCACCGGCAUCGUCGGCAGUGGUGGAGAACAUGUCGAAGGGCCGUCUGUCGUCGUCGAUGAUCGUUCGGCCGCAGGACCGCAAAGGCCUGGGCAAGAUGGUGCAGCGCCUGGUCGAGCAGAAGGCCAACCGCGGCCAUCAUCACCACAGUCCCAAGGACGAACAGCCAAGCGAGGCCACGACCACCACUGGCGGCGGCGGCGGUCGUGGUAGCGGCGAGGCCAGCAAGGAGACGAACCGGUCGUGGGGCGAAGCGGAGCUCAAGCUGACGCUGACCGAACAGAGAGCCGGCAGCCGAAAGAGCUUCCUGCGGGCCAACUCCGCCAACUUCGCGCGCACGCCGACGACCACCGCGAGCGGACCAGACAGUGGCGACGGCAGCGGCAGCGAGCCACGGCCGGCCGAGGCUGAGCUGUCGACUCCCCGCCAGACCACCUUCGUCAAGUAUAAGCCCUCCACGUCGUCGUCAUCAUCCGCUCGCCCGACGUCACCACCACCAGCAUCGGCGACGGCCACGUCAUCAACUGCGCCGGCGGCGACGACGACAGGUUGGGCGCCGGCAACGAAGCGAAGCGCCAGCGCGCGAGGUGGUGCAGAUUCAGAGGCAGAGCGCCAGCGGAAGGGCACCACCGCCUUCUUCGGCCUGCGCGCCAGCUCCGACAUUCCCACCACAACCACCCAGCCGCCUGCGACGCGCCCGCGACCGUGA